ACUAUCAGAAGUUCAAGGGCAACCAUAAGAAAAAUCUAAAACACUGAGGAGUAACCUACAUACUAUAAAACAUAGAGGAGUAAACUGCAAAGUAUAAAAUGCUAUAUAAGUCACACUGCCCAUUCUCGGACACUGAAACUUGUCGGAAAAGACUAAAGAGGGAAGAAGAAGAGUCGUUUCAGGAUUCAUCAAUGGUGUUUCCUCAGAGUUCCAGGUUGAGCGAUCGCACAGAGGUCAACAGCAACGAGUUUCACGCUUACUGCUUGUCUCUCGCUACACGAAUCGACACAGCUAUUUGGAAUAAUGAAGUUCCAACGGACACUCAAGAGCUUACUUCAACCCUCAUUCACGUCGGUCAAUGUAGAUGUGAUGAUCAAACGAAGGCGGUGAUCAUGACGCUGAUGAUGUCAGUUAAGAGUGCUUGUGAGCUUGGAUGGUUCCCGCAGAGAGAAUCUCAACAACUUCUGGCUCUUGUAGACUCGAUGUUGAUGAGUUUCACCGGUCCUGAAAACGUCGCCUCUAGUCUAACUCCUAACGGUCCCGUCAGUCUAAUUCCACAAGUCAUGGAGAGGUUCUAUCCGUUUUUGAAGCUGAGGCAUAUUCUUGUUUCUUCUGAGGCGGAGUCAGAAUCAAUCGUAUUGGUGAAGAACUUCCAUAUUUCGAAGAAUCUUCUGCAACAUUCUCCCAGACCGAGAGUAGGAUUAUUUGUUUUCCGGACAGACGACAUAAGCAACUCUAGUUGUAUCAUACAUCCUCAAGAAGUCAGCGUUUCGUUGAAUGCAAGGGGCGUUGACAAGAGAUAUAUCAACUCAAUGGAUUCUAAGCCGCAGCGUCCAACAAAUGUUGCUAAACUGCUCCACCCUGGGACAAACCUUCUGCAAACUAUAGGCUGUUUUGGAGGUAGUUACUUCAUUGCUAUUGGCUUAUUCGAUGACAUACCACUCCCCGUCUAUCCGUCGCUGAAAGAUUAUGUUCAUUCUGAAGUCACUGAAUCUGAUUCAGCUUGUGACAAUCCUAAGGCUAAGGGCCCAUCAAGGAUAUCUCUCAGCUGUCCUAUAAGCCGCAUGCGUAUCAAACUUCCUGUGAAGGGUCAUGCGUGCAAGCAUCUUCAGUGUUUUGAUUUCUGGAACUAUAUCAAGAUAAACACGAGAAUUCCAUCAUGGUGCUGUCCGCAUUGCCAUCAGUCUGUCUGCUAUACCGACAUCCGUUUAGAUCAAAGCAUGAUAAAGAUUCUAGAAGAGGUGGGAAGUAAUGCGACCGACGUGGUUAUCUCUCCUGAUGGAUCAUGGAAAGUUAUAACGGAGAGCGAUGAGAAUGUGGAAGCUGUGGCGGAAGCCACUCAUCAUCACGGAGACCCAAGUAGUUCCCAGAACUUGAGGCCAGCUGUUGUUUUGGAUCUUACAAGAGAUGAGAAUGAAAUGGAAACAUCCGGAAGCACUCAGAUUCCUUCUGCUUCAACGGAGACACUUCUGCCACAAUCUUUGAAUGUUUAUGAUGGGCAGCAGCAACAGUUCAUGAACAUUCCAGUGUCGGCAGCAGGAGAAGUCAUCCACAUGCCAUUCUUUCCAACCUCAUCUCCUCAAGAUACUAACACGGGAAGCUCUAACAUAUCUAUGCCUGCUGCUGCUGCUGCUCACUCUUCUCAAUAUCAAGGGUUACGUGUUUCGUCCCUUGGAGUUUCUCUAGGAAGAGACUCUGAUAUGAUGGAGAGGUGGAACCACCACAACUAUGCUCAGUUUCCAUCCGUGCCUCCUCAGUUUCAUCAUCAAUAUGCAAUGCAGAACCAGAGGAGCGUGUCCACUGUACAGGAAAGACUAAUCCCAUCUUCCAUUACAUCUCCCCAAACUUCUGCUUUCAACUAUGGAAGAGGGACCUCCGACCAGAGACACAUGCAAAGACAGAAUCCUGGUGGCGCAGGGGAACAGUUGUCAUCGCGUGAGUUCAUGAACUUGACUCCUGAUAACUCUGCAAACAGGCCCCCACAGAUCCGGAUGAUGCGAGGCAGCAUAGCGCCCGGUUCCACAAGGUAUAACCACCUGAUCAUUCAACCUACCCAGAGGCCGGUUCAGUCACAAACACUCCCUCCAUCUCAGCCAACUGGUUACAAUCACCUCCCUGUUCAGACGCAAGCUCAAGCACUUCCUCCACUUGAACCAACAGCUUACAGUUACGUCCCUGUUCAGUCACAAGCUCAAACACUUCCUCCUCCACCUCAAGAUUUUUUGGCGCAUCCAAGCAAUCCGGUUGGUACUAAUGAAACACAAGCUGGGAGCAGUUCACUGCCCGUGUCGGGAGAUGUUGCGCCACUCGGGUCGUUUUGGUCAACGCCUCCUUUGACAUGGUGAAGUAUGAUGGCUAAUAUAUGCAAACAUUAUCGUUGGUAGCAAAAAACACAGUCAGUAAGUAGCAUAUAAGUCGGUUUUUUGGGUACUUACCGGUUUAGGCUUCCGGUAUGUACAUGGGGAAAGUUGUUUUUUCGGUCUAAGGUAUUCUUGAGAUUCACGCAAUGUGAAAACACUAGGAUAUUGUUUGAUCUUUUUUUUUUUGUAUUUGAUUAGAUCCUAAAAACCUAACUCAAAAAGUUUGCAUUCUGGUACGUCCAUACAGGUGUUCAUUUUGGU